AUGGGGGGAACGAAAUUCUGCAUCUCUAUUGGUGGGAAUCUGGCCUCCAUCCACAGCUCAGAGGAAAACACCUUCCUCAGUACGAUGGUGGAAAGAGUGACGGGUAGAACUCGCUUCACCUGGGUUGGAGGCUACGACGCCGUCAACGACAGUACCUGGCUGUGGAGCGACGGCUCAGAGUUUCAUUAUGAGAACUGGUAUCCGGACGAGCCAAACAACCACCGUGGAAACCCAGAACACUGUCUGGAAAUAAACCUGGGAGGAGACCAGUGGAACGACAUGCCCUGCUCCUCCAGCAGGCCUUUUCUUUGCUCCAGGAACAUCUGAUGCAUCAGUUUGAUCCUUUGUCUCCAUGACGAACUGCAGUUAUUUCAAUCAAUUGGAC